AUAGAAGCUAUGCUGUGCGCUGCCUCUCUGCCUACGGCCAGGGUUACUGAGCCGCCAGACUAUGCUUCCUGCAACGCUGAAACUCUGCUGCGGGAUCUCCCAGGAGCAUCUCAGGAAACUUACUGGCCUGCAAAGGACAGCAGUGGGGGCUUUUGGUAAAGAAAUAUCAAAGUUUAAACUGAAUUUAUCCUAUAGCUACUUACAAGAUAUUUCAUAUUCUGCGCAAAGAACCUUUUUCUGGACAUUUGGAAGGAAAAUGAGUACAUCCUACAAAGAGAAAAGAUUGUCCACCUUACAGAUGAACUAUAUGAAUCAAGCAGAAAGCACGCUCCACAACGCUUUGUCAAUAUUAAACCAGCAAGAAGGCUGGAAGGCUGAGCCCCAUCAGGGAAAUGGAGAGUGGAUUUGCAGCAAAAGAGUCCCAAACAUAGGCAAAGUGUUUCGUGCCGAGGCUGUUAUAGACGCACCGCCUGAACACAUCUACACACUUCUCUUUGAAAAGAUUGAACAGAUGGAUGAAUGGAACCCUGGCAUCAGCAAAGUGCAGAUCCUUCAAAAAAUUGGGAGCGACACCCUUUUGACAAGAGAAGUAACAUCAGAGAUUCCCAUAAAUCUGAUUAGCCAAAGAGACUUUGUUAGUGUACGACACUGCUGCAGAAAGGGCGCAUCAUUCUAUCUCAUUGGAACUUCAACAGAUUCUGAACUGAUGCCCCCGCAAAGAGGAAUUAUAAGAGGUGAAGCGGGACUGACUUUUAUUGUUCUCCGACCCCUUGAUUCAGACAAUAAAAAAACACAAUUGACCUGGAUUUUAAGCAUAGACCUCAAGGGCUGGGUUCCCAGAGCUCUAAGUGACCAAGCAUUGUCAAAGUCUCAGGUUGAUUUUAUCACGCACCUACGGAAUCACCUCUCUUUCUCAGAAAAAAAACUAUUUGUUGCCAGCUGAGUAAUGGAAUGUGGAAAUUCAUUGUCACGGUGUAUUUAUAUUUCAUUAUGCUUAAGCAGCUUGUACAUAACUAGACUCUGUAAGAGCUAUGCUACAGGACCUAGGUAUUAAAUAUAGGACAAAUGGCUAAGGCAAUGUUUCCCCUUAGCCAUGAGCUGGAACGCAUGCGCAGAAAUUCUGAGACCAGCGCACACAACACAUUAUGGUGCACACAGGCAAUUUUAUAUUAAAACAAUGGAUGUUUAACGGGGAAUGACAACUAGGCAAUAUUCCAGAAUGGAGUUAUAUUAUUUCUUGGGGGGUGUAUUUUGUAAUUUAUUUACACUUCAUGGAUUCCUGUAUUUAAUGAAUCACAUACAUUUUGCUUUGUGCAAAUAUUUUCAGCCAAAUUCAAAGCAUUUGGGUUUCUAAAUAAUAUGUACUAAAAUGUAUUGAAAUGUAUUUUCCCCUGUCUUUCAUGAUUGAGCCUUUCAAAAUACUGGUCUGAGCUUUGUUCAUCAAAUGAACCCUUUAAAAAGCACUAUUUCCGAGGCAGUAUAAACCUAUGCAGUAAUUACUAGCUUUAAUGUAUACUAGGGAUAUCAUUUUAAGGGAAGCUCAACAUGAAGACUGACCGGUAUUAUAUAUUAGGAGUUAGACUAUAGCUACAUAUCACUGAUUCUAUGAAAUACAGACAAAAAGACAAGUGCCUUUUAUUAAUGUCCAUAAGCGGAGUAAUACAUUCAAGUGUAUGACGGGCCUUGUUCAUAUGUAAUACAAAUUAGCAGAGAAGGAAAGAGAUGUUCUAAUAUGUUAGAUAUUAAAAUGGAGGUCACCAUGGGAGACUAAUUGCUCCGAAAUGCCUUUCCACCAGCAACAAAGGCAAUCGCUGGUGGAAAGGCCUACGCAUCGCUUAGGUUUUCCGUUGUCACAUAAAGUUUCCUCCAGCAGGCAACUUUGCACAGCUUUGGAAAACUGAAGUGAUGCAGUGGCCUCUCCACAAGCGAUUGGCUUUGUUGACAGUGGAAAGGCAUUGUGGGAAACUAUAUCGCUCCGUGGAACAUUAAAAGUGUCAACAUUCCAAUGCACAUGCAUUUUUUUUUAGUCAUUUUUGAGAGAUUGGCCCCCCAGUCUUAGCCAACAACUGUCCAUCUUCCAUCCUGCUGAAAUCAUGGUUGGUGGGUCACAAUGUGUCCUCUCUGCAGUGGGAGCCAAUAUCAGUCAGUGAUGUACUAUUUAGCACCAUCAGUACUGCCACAUGGGGAAUUUUUUCAGCCAGUGGAGAAGCUGAAACUGCUACUAGCACCUCCCAUGCACUUGAAUGGAAAAUGAGUGACAGCACAAGUACACCCAGAAUCAAGGGCGUAACUAGAGAGGAAGAAGAUGCUGCAGGUGUUUGGGGGCCAAGUAGUGUGUGGGGGGGGUGCACAGUAAGGCCCUAAUUAAAAAGCAAUUUCCAUAUAUCCUGGUAGAACUGGUGACUGAUUUCCAACAGUACUCAUUUAAAAUGUAAAAUGUAUUUUUAUAUUAAGCAUUGCGGAGUGUCACAAAAACAGUAUUAACAAAAAAUUUAAAGAACAAAAUGUUGCCUUGUUGUACACUUUUUCUGUGUGGGUAUGCGCAGCAUAUACGUGUAUCAUUGUGAAUCUGUAUAUUAAUAUAUUGUAUAUUAUAUUAGCAUAGAAUGUGUUUUUAAUAAAAACUUGUACAAUAAAAAAAAUAUUGUAUAGAUAUGAA